AUGAUUGAACAAGCCCUUGAUGAUAAUUUAUCAGAUAACGACGAAGAAGAGAGUUUUUUUCAAGAUGUAGAUAUACUACAAAAGCAUGGAAUUAAUGUAGCCGACAUAAAAAAACUGAAAGCAGCUGGUAUUUGUACAAUAAAAGGGAUACAGAUGUCGACAAAGAAAAAGUUAUGCAAUAUUAAAGGAUUUUCGGAUACUAAAGUUGAGAAAAUAAAAGAAGCAUGUCAGAAAGUUGCUACACUUGGUUUUAUGACGGCAUUAGAAGUUAGUGAUCGUCGAAAACAAGUUUUUAAAAUCAGUACAGGAAGUUCAGAACUGGACAAAUUACUGGCCGGUGGUGUAGAAUCAAUGGCCAUUACUGAAGUAUUUGGUGAGUUUCGAACAGGGAAGACGCAAUUAUCUCAUACUCUUUGUGUCACCACCCAAAUUCCAAAUGCGACGGGCUACCAUGGCGGGAAGGUCAUGUUCCUGGACACAGAACAUACUUUCCGGCCUGACCGACUUCGGCCAAUUGCAGACAGAUUCAAUUUAGACCAAAGCGCAGUCCUAGAUAACGUUCUGUAUGCGAGAGCGUACACUUCAGAACAUCAGGCGGAACUGUUAGACUACGUGGCAGCCAAGUUUCACGAGGAAGCUGGAGUGUUCAAGCUUCUGAUAAUAGACUCUAUUAUGGCCUUAUUUAGAGUCGACUUCUCCGGACGUGGCGAGUUGGCUGACAGACAACAAAAAUUAGCACAAGUUCUCUCACGGCUACAAAAGAUAUCAGAAGAAUAUAAUGUCGCUGUAUUUAUAACAAAUCAGAUGACAGCCGAUCCGGGGGCCACAUUGUCUUUUCAAGUGGAUCCUAAGAAACCAAUCGGAGGGAACAUUCUCGCUCACGCUUCCACCACCAGGAUAUCUUUGAGGAAGGGCCGUGGGGAGAAUAGAAUCGCUAAAAUAUACGAUUCUCCAGACUUGCCUGAAAGUGAAGCAACAUUUGCGAUUACCAACGGAGGUGUGGCCGAUGCUAAAGAUUAA